AUGGCGGAUUUCUCAGUAUCCCUGGGAUUUUUGAAGCAAGUACCGUGGUGCAGCAGUGUCUUCUUCCUCACUCACCUUCUCCUCCUCCUUCAGCCAGGGGAGGGGAACGCAGGUAGUGUCUGGGUCCUGGGCCCUGGAGAAUCGAUGCUGGCCCUCGUCGGGGAAGUGGUAGAGUUCCCAUGCCACCUGUCACCACACCAGGAUGCAGAGCACAUGGAGAUCAGCUGGUUCCGGAGCCAGGCCUCUGACAUCGUGUACCUGUACCAGGAGCGACAGGAGCUCUCCAACAGGCAGAUGCCAGAGUUCCAGAACAGAACCAAGUUCGAUGCGCAGGAGAUCAGGGAUGGCAGCGUGGCUCUGCACCUCUUCAACAUUGUUCCCUCUGAUGAGGGCCCAUAUGGGUGCCGCUUUCUUUCCCCUGACUUCUCAGGUGAAGCCUUCUGGGAGCUGGAGGUAGCAGGUCUGGGUUCAGACCCACUCAUCUCCCUUGAGGGCUUCAAGGAAGGAGGCAUUCAGUUACGAUGCAGCUCCAGUGGCUGGUACCCCAAGCCUAAGGUUCAGUGGAGAAACCACCAGGGGCAAUGCCUGCCUCCAGAGUCUGAAGCCAUCAUCCAGAAUGUUCAGGGCCUGUUCAGUCUGGAAACAUCUGUGACUGUCCGGGAAGGAGCCCAUAGCAAUGUGUCUUGCUCCAUCCAGAACCCCCUGCUGGUCCAGAAGAAGGAGUUUGUGCUCCAGAUAGCAGACGUAUUUUUACCCAGAACAUCCCCCUGGAAGAAAGCAUUCCUGGGAACUCUGGUGACCCUGCCACUCCUCCUGGCGAUCCUCACAAUGCUAGCGUUGCAGUACUUUUACAAGCAGCGAAGCUCCCAAGAAAAGCUGAAGAAGCAGGGAGAGAAGGACCUAGAGAAACUUCAAACAGAGCUUGACUGGAGAAGGACGGAAGGCCAGGCUGAGUGGAGAGCAGCCCAGCAGCAUGCAGUGGAUGUGACUUUGGAUCCGGACACAGCACACCCCAGCCUCGAGGUCUCUGCCGACUGCAAGAGCGCGUCUUCGCGUCUUCGGGCGUCCAACGCUGACCCGGGGGACCCGCGGCGCUUCUCUGAGCAGACGUGCGUGCUGAGCCGCCAGCACUUUGCCAGCGGCCGCCACUACUGGGAGGUGCACGUGGGCCGCCGCAGCCGCUGGUUCCUGGGCGCUUGUCUGGCGUCCGCGCCGCGCUCGGAGACCGCGCGCCUGAGCCCAGCCAGCGGCUACUGGGUGAUGGGGCUGUGGAACAGCUGCGAGUACUUCGUCCUGGACCCGCACCGCGUGGCGCUCACGCUCCGCGUGCCUCCCCGGAGGGUGGGCGUCCUGCUGGACUGCGACGCGGGGAAGCUGUCCUUCUUCAACGCGUCCGACGGCUCCCACAUCUUCACCUUCACCGACACCCUCUCCGCCUCCGGGGCGCUCUGCGCGUACUUCAGGCCCCGAGCCCACGAUGGCAGCGAACACCCCGACCCCCUGACCAUCUGCUCUUUGCCGGUGAGAGGGCAACAUGCCCUCGAAGAGAACGACAGUGACACCUGGUUACAGCCCUAUGAGGUCUCGGACCCCGCCCUGGGCCUGUGGUGAUGCGCCCUCUUGACCGCAUGGCCGGGUCAGGCCAUCGUCCUGGACACCCACGCGAGACAGCAUUUUGCUCUCCUGGAUCUUCUGGAGCCAAUAAAGGAAUCCACCAAAA